AUGGCUGACGCGGAGAACGAGCAGCAGAUCACAUUCAACGUCAAGUCCUCUUCGGAAGCGAAAUAUGUCUUCACACUUGCCGAAUCCAUAACGAUAGCCGACCUGAAGCAGAAGCUCUCCACGUCAGAACACGCGGACAUUCCACCAGAACGGCAACGAUUGAUCUAUAGUGGGAGGGUGCUCAAGGAUCACGACACAGUUGGCAGCUGUAAGAUCAAGGAUGGCAAUACGGUGCACCUUGUUCGCGGCGCCGAUAGUAAUCAGCGACAAAACCCAGCGAACCAAGGCGGUUCGACGGCUGUGCCCCCUGGUGCUGGUCAGCCUGCCAGUAAUGUGCCUUCGAAUAUCGCCGCUGGCACAGGCGCUGGCAACCCUCUAGCACAACUGACCGGCGCACGAUACGCUGGCUUCCACGGUCUACCGGGUAUGGAUACGUUCGGCUCAGACGCAGGCAUGGGCGCACCGCCAAACCCAGAUCAGAUGCUUAGGAUGCUGGAGGAUCCCAACUUUGCGCAGCAAAUGAACGAGGCGAUGAACAACCCGGCGGUAAUUGACAUGCUACGGAACAAUCCUAUGAUCAGGAACAAUCCUAUGGCAAGGGCGGCAAUGGAGAACCCAGAGCUCAGAAGAAUGAUGCUCAAUCCAGACAUGAUCAGGAUGCAGAUGCAAAUGCAAAGAUCGAUGGGUGGUGAGCAGGGUGGGCAAGGUGCAUUUCCUAUGCCAGGACAGACAGAUACCACUACCCCUGCAGCGGGCACAGAAGGCACAGGAGCUACACCCAAUGCAACCACCACAACUGGUAAUGCAGCACAAACACCUGCAAAUCCUUUCGCUGCACUAUUCCCUGGCGGAGCAGCACCUGGUGGAGCAGCAGGCACAGAUGGUGGCGCAUCACAAGCGAAUCCAUUUGGCAACAUGUUGGGUGGCCAGCAAGGCGGCGACCAGCAGAACAAUCCACUCGCACAAAUGACGCAGCAAAUGAUGCAGAACCCUGAGAUGAUGCAAAACAUGAUGCGAAUGAUGGGUGGUAUGGGUGGUGGAGCGGGUGCAGGCGCUGGUGCAGGAGGAGCAGGAGAGGCAGGCUUCAAUCCGUUCACAGCUUUCGGCGGUGGAGGAGGGGCAGGUGGCUUCGGUGGCUCAUCUGAACCUGCACAGCCAGCUGAUGACCGGCCACCAGAAGUCAGGUAUGAGGACCAGCUACGACAGCUAAACGAUAUGGGCUUCUAUGAAUUCGAGCGGAAUGUUUCGGCGCUUCGACGUAGUGGCGGCAGCGUGCAAGGCGCGGUCGAGUACUUGCUCAGCAUCGCCUCAACUGCUCAGCUGGUCGGCAUCGUCGACUUGGCAAAUGCUGAGGAGGACAGAAACGAUAUUGUACAGAUGCAGAAGGUUAACCAUUACAGUAGAAAAACACUAAACAACGACAAUCCAAUUUGUAAAAACCACGAUUCCACCCCAAAACACAGCCCGAUCUACACCACUUCCCGACCGGACCUGCAUAACGCGGUACGGGGGGAUGAGAGCCUCAUCCGUAGCGCGGUAGAUUUUGCGGGGAAUGAUUCGACCGGGUCUUGGGAAACCUGGUCUAACACCAGCCAUGCCCAUGCAAGCCUUGUCGGGCAUGAUAUCAUCCAUCAGGAUGCGAGAAGCGGUGUGCGGCAGGGCGGUGAAAACGUCAGUGCUGAUUCCUUCGCUGCUGGUAAUGACGAUAGUGAGGAUCUGUGGAUAUGGGAGGCGAGGAUUUAUUGUCGUGGCUGUUCAUGGAGCAACCAAGAUCAAGAAUCUUGCACCUCACAAAGCCAGCGCCAGAGCUCCUCUGACAAGACAGCUGCAGCCUCGAAUGCUCGGCAGACAUUGCCGAAGAGACGGAGACAUAAUAUCGCCAAGAUUCAGCUAGAUCAGCCUCGUGUUGCUACAGGACGUACCGCUUCCGAAGGUGAACCUUCUUCGCAAGUACCUAGCUUUGUGUCGUCACGGCAUGCCAGCACACCUCACCGGCAAAACAUAGAUGCGCCGCAGGUAACAGAAGAGAUCUACUUUUCACCUACGAAUGUAAACAAUACUUCACAAGCUUUCUCUAAGCCUUUGGCCACGGACGAGCUCGAUCCACUGACACCCACGCAGGAGCAAUAUGAUGCAGCGCGACAAGCUGCUCAUGAAGACAACGUCACAUCAGAGCCCGAAGGCGACCUACUCGAGGGGGAGAUCAAGCUGAUGCUGAAGCCAGAGCAAGUGGACAGGCUGGUGAGAGCACUAGCUGAGAGUCCUUUGCUUCGUAAUCAUGUAUCCAGGCAAUGGUUUGAUGAUGGGUCGGAGGUAUCGACCAUGGCCUCAGUACACGAGAGAGAAGAUACUCCCUCUCUGACAUCUGGAUCAUCGGCCGAAGCAUCGCCGUUGUAUGCGCAGACCGAGCAAAGUUUCCCAGCAGAGCAGCACUCUCCCAUCCUUACUCGAGAUCUCCUCGACGAUGACUUCGCCAUUCGAUAUCCGGACCAUCCCAAGGCCCGGCGAUUGAGUAAAGACCUCGAACCACAAUUCGGUGGCAUCGCAAUGGUCGACCCAAAGGUGCACGGAGCGCCCGUACGGUUCAUCUCCAGAGGUUAUCAGCAGGGUGCGAACGUCCUGCAGGUCGGCCAUUGUUCUUUUGUGAACAUGCCCUUCGGGACGACGGUACAUGCUUCGCUGCGAGUCGAGCCAGCUUCGAAUCGGAGCAUCAACUGCCGGAUAAUGCUUCAAGUCGUCAAUCAGAUCCUGGACCGCAAGUCGAGCAAGAAGUCGUACCUGUUGGUCGCUGAGCUCGACGUUACUGAAAGCUUCAUUAGAUCUGCACUUCUCGAACUGUCAGCUCAUAGUGGCAUGUCUUUGGAUGAGAUCGAGAUGAUAGCUCCUGGCGUCCGACCGAUGCUGAAGAAAGACCUUGACUGGUGCAAGCUGGCGGACGAGUUGCAAACAUCACUCGCCAUUAUGGACGUGGUUGGUCUCGCGGCAGCAUCCUUUGCUCACUUGUCGGCGCAUACUUGCACAAUGCAAACCUUGACCUUGAUGUCGGAGCUCGAGCGCCUGAAGUCCAGACAUCAGGAUUUCUUGGUAGUCCGACCAACAGGAUAUCAUGCCAAUGGUAUGAUGUCUGGGAUCAGCAUGCCGUGGAUAUCGCAGCAUCUCGAACAGAUGUUGUAUGAUGCAGACUUUACGACACAUCACGAUGAAGCCGCUAAAACAGCUCGGCUGCUUCGCGAUCGAGUCGUGUCAGCCAUUACAGAAGGAUGCUCAGGACGUAGACCCUUCGACACACGGAUCUGGUGGGGUGAUCAGAUGAGGCAGAUCCACUGUGUGCCGCUGCAUGAAAGUGCCGAUGGUCGGCCAGCUGCUUGGGCUGCUUUCUUGAGUGAGGACGAGUCCUCCACGACCUUGCUCGUUGUGUUCCGAGAGGAUAAGAGUGCACAUGCGCUUGUGCGAACACUUGAGCUUCCUCUUCGAGAACUUUCCCUUAGUUUCGGCACAUCGAUAUUGUCGACGAGGUGA